AUGUCCGUAUUUGUUCCGCCUACGCUGAACGUUGAUCAGGAUGAGGGGCGACUAUCUCGUAUGCUUCGCCGUCCUACAAAACGAAAACACAGCGCUGUACGUAUCGUCAGCACUGUUUCAGCGGAUCAAGUAGAAAAUGACAUUUACAAGAUACGGUUAAUAGCUUAUCAUCUCAAAUGUUGUCAUCUGAAACGUUACAAGAAAGCAAUUUAUGAGUCGGUCGCAAGUGUUAUUUGCGCUUGUGAUUCUAUCUGUGAUAAUCAUUUCUAA